AUGAGAAUCUCUGUCUUCGUUGCGGCUGGCUUCGCCGUUGCGACCGCGGCUCGACCUCUGGGUGAUGCUAUUACCUCCAUCAUAACCUUAUCUGGACUCCCUGGAACGGGUCAAAUCGAAGCUCCUUCCCAGCCAGGUGAACCCGCCAUACAGCAUGGAAAGUCUGAACCUGAAGCUAUCGGUAACCCAGGUCAGCAAGAAGCACCACCACCACCGCUGGUCGAGCUAUCUCCAGACCAGCCCGUUCUUCCAACAGGCGCCCUUGGUCCACAACAAACAGGCGCCAUUGCUACAGGAAUCAUUCCUAUGGGAACUGCCGCCAUCGCACCCAGCGCCACAGUUACCGGCCAGGCCGCCUCGGGGGACCCCUUGACAUUCCACUUUCCCGCUCUAAAGGCCGCCCACUAA